UGCUGUUUUGACAUUUUUUACAAUCAGAGAGUUUGAAGAUAAAUUUUACUGAGUGAGUAGCCAUUUAAGUAAAACAUGAAGACAAAUAGGUACAAGAUUUUUAUGAGCAUCAUGAUCAAUUUGAUCUCAAACGAAUUGCAAUUGGCUCAGCAGGGUCAUUGAGAAAAUGUCUAACAAGGAGGUUUUAGAUGGAAUUAGCAAGGUGGGUGUGAUUGGAGCUGGAGCAGCAGGGCUUGUAGCUGCCAGGGAGCUGAAGAGACAAGGAUUUGAGGUGGUGGUGUAUGAGCAAAAUUCAGAUGUGGGUGGCAUUUGGUUGUAUAAUCCAAAUGUUGGGGAUGAUCCACUUGGAUUGGAGUUAACAGGGCCCAACCAGGGGAUUGCCUACCAGUCUCUCAGAACAAAUGUAGCCAGAGAGCUCAUGGGUUUCAUGGAUUACUCCUUCCUUGUCAAGGAGGAAGGGACUCAAGAAGGUUCCCUGGUCACCAUGAACUUUAUCUGUACCUCAAGGAGUUUGCAAGGGACUUCAAUUUGGUUGAACUUAUUAGAUUCAAUACAGUGGUUGAGUAUGUUGGGAUGGUUGGUGAAGGGCAGGAGUGUGUUAUGAGUGGUGAAGAUGGUUUGGAUAUGGAUGGGGAUCCCAUGGAUGAGAGAGUUCAGUGGGUUAUGAGAGCAAGGAAUUUAGGAGUUGUGAAAGAGGAAGUGUUUGAUGCUGUUGUUGUGUGCAAUGGUCAUUAUAGACAACCUGUAAUUGCUGAAAUUCCAGGUAAUUUUCUUUGAAUUUGAUAGGUUAGGUUGUAAUGGGACUUAAACUGGAUUCAGUCGUUGGGUGUAUUCUUUAGUUUUUUUCUUUUAUGUUGUUCUGAUU